UUGGAACUGCUACUAGAGAAUCGGGUAUCUUUGUGAACUGGCGUUCGAGUAUAAACAGGACUUUAGUUAAUGCAAUGUUGAUGUACUAUGUCAUAGGGUGUGUGCUUUCGGUUUGUGUUCAACAAGGGUACCUUCUAAAGCUUCCCGGGGGCCUUAAGCAAGAUUUAGUUCAAGGCAAGGUGUACCAACAUUUUUCACCAUCUCCAAGGUGGCGACGUGACACGAGCCGUUUGUCCUCCAAGUUUCGUCUAUUUAUAGUAAUUGGUGGGCGUUCGAUAAGACUGUCCUUGACCUUUAACCCACGAUUGUCUGGGUGUGUCAAGGUCUAUUCCCAACAAAAGGAAACUUGCCACAAUCAACAAUGGAAUGGCGACAGGUUUUACCAGGACCCACGGCACGGUGCAUCGAUUCAAGUCAAAGGUCCCAACGACGGACAUCAUGAUAUGUCCGGUUUUUUCACCUUUGGUCAUCAUAACCACUAUAUUCAGUCAGUAUCCAGAAUAAAGUCCUCAGCCAGAGAAUCACGUGUGUCCUUCAUUGUCUCAAAGAAAGCAGUGAUUGCAGAUCUCAGAUCAGAUUAUAUUGAAUCAGAUACAUCUACCUUGCAAUAUAGACCUUUAAGGAAGAAUUACCCAGUGCGCCAUAAGAGAUCGAGUUCGGAAAACAAAGUGGAACUGUUCCUUGCUGUAGACAACAGUAUUUACCAAUUUUGGUACCAACAGAAUGCUAACAUCUCAGAGGAGCAGGAGAGGCGGAACGCCACCAUCGCUGAUAUCAAACAAUACUACGCCCUCCUCAUCAACUCAGUUGAUGGGCGGUACAAAAACUUUCAAGGUGGAUCGUUUACGAUGGACGUCAUAUUUGCUGGGAUAUACAUAGCAGAGACAGAAAACUUAUGGACAGGAAGUGCGAGUGAGGAAAAUACAAUAGACUCAUUCCAAGCUCUUGAUUCCUUUGAGGCAUGGCGGACUUCAAUGUUAGGUUCGGGAUCUAUUCCGGAUCAUGAUCAUGCUAUGCUGUUUACACGGUAUGACAUUGCACUUAACAAUCAGACGGACACUACAGGAUUAGCAUACAUAGGCUCUAUCUGUUCAUCCAAAUCCUUUUCUCUUGUCGAAGAAAAUUUUGACUUCAUUAGUUCCGCUAUUGCAGCUCACGAAUUGGGCCAUAGUUUAGGGGCCACGCACGAGGCUGUCGGGAAUAACACAUGCCCGGAUGAUGGUUACGUCAUGUCCGCUGUCGUCAUCCCGCGGGCCGGUUCCACCAAUCCCUGGAGGUUCUCUUCCUGCUCCAUGACCCAGAUAACAAACCAUAUCAACUCUCUAUCAUCUAACUGUCUAUUACAAGAGACAUCAACCGCUGAAGCACUACAGGGUUAUACAUACAGCUCCAUUGGUCAGAUGUACACGGCAGACAAACAGUGCGAGCUCAGUAUCGGCGACGGGUCCGUCAUUUGUAGGGAUAUGUACAUCUCAUCCAAUGUCAAUGAAAUGUGCACGAGUCUGAAAUGCAGAUCCCCGGAUGGUAGAAGUUGUAGCGCCAUUCUGCCGGCCGACGGAACUACUUGUGGAAAUCAUAAGUGGUGCCAAGAUGGAACUUGUUCCUACAAUAGCUCUAGUCCAAGUGCUGAUGAAAACUGUUUAUUUGGUGACGAACCAGGCAAUUUUUGUUCAGAUAUGAUUUCGAAAAAACCUUGGGGUUGUUAUGGUAACGACUACCGGAAGUGUUGUCAUUCUUGUGAGUCGAUCCGGUCCAAUGACAAGAGUUGUCCAUUCGGAGAUCGGAGUGACUGUUCCUUUAUGACCUUCAUCCGCCGUACAUACUGCUAUGAACAAAAUAUAAAUAACGAAUGCUGUGGUUCGUGCAAAAAAUUCUCAACAAAUAUAUCAGGCUGUGAAUAUGGAGAUAGAGUGGCCACGUGUCUUACUGUUGACUGUUCCGGACAACAAGCAGCAGUGAACUGUUGUUUAACAUGUCGAAACGAAACAACAACACUGGCGUCACCUUCAACGACAUCGACAACCAAACCAAGCACAACAACAUAUACAUCACAGAGCAAGUCAGCAACAUCAACAACAACUAGGAUAAUAACAACUAUGACAACAAAACCAAGUACAGCAGCAGUGACAACAACCACUGGAAGUCAAAGCUCAGUAACAACACCAAGCACAACAACAAUUUCAACUCCAAGCACUUCAAAAACAUCAGCAACAAGGAUAAUCACAACUUUGACAACAACACCAAGUACAGCAGCAUUGACAACAACCACUGGAAGCCAAAGCUCAGUAACAACACCAAGUACAACAACAAUUUCAACUCCAAGCACUUCAAAAACAUCAACAACUAGGAUAAUACCAAUUUUGACAACAACACCAAGUACAGAGGCAUUGACAACAACCACUGGAAGCCAAAGCUCAGUAAAAACACCAAGUACAACAACAAUUUCAACUCCAAGCACUUCAAAAACAUCAACAACUAGGAUAAUCACAACUUUGACAACAACACCAAGUACAGCAGCAUUGACAACAACCACUGGAAGCCAAAGCUCAGUAACAACACCAAGUACAACAACAAUUUCAACUCCAAGCACUUCAAAAACAUCAACAACAAGGAUAAUCACAACUUUGACAACAACACCAAGUACAGAGGCAUUGACAACAACCACUGGAAUCCAAAGCUCAGUAACAACACCAAGCACAACAACAAUUUCAUCUCCAAGCACUUCAAAAACAUCAACAACAAGGAUAAUCACAACUUUAACAACAACACCAAGUACAGCAGCAGUGACAACAACCACUGGAAGCCAAAGCUCAGUAACAACACCAAGCACAACAAAAAUUUCAACACCAAGUACUUCAAAAACAUCAAUAACAACCAGUAGAAGACCAAGCUUAACAACAAAACCAAGUACAGCAGCAGUGACAACAACCAUUGGAAGCCAAGGCUCAGUAACAACACCAAGCACAACAACAAUUUCAUCUCCAAGCACUUCAAAAACAUCAACAACUAGGAUAAUUACAACUUUGACAACAACACCAAGUACAGCAGCAGUGACAAUAACCACUGGAAGCCAAAGCUCAGUAACAACACCAAGCACAGCAACAAUUUCAACACCAAGUAUUUCAAAAACAUCAACAACAACCAGUAGAAGACCAAGCUUUACAACAAAACCAAGUACAGCAGCAGUGACAACAACCACUGGAAGCCAAGGCUCAGUAACAACACCAAGCACAACAACAAUUUCAACACCAAUUACUUCAGAAACAUCAACAACAACCAGUAGAAGAACAAGGCUAACAACAAAACCAAGUACAGCAGCACUUACAUUACCAAGCACAUCAACAACCAGCAUAAGUUUAGCAACAAAUGCAACACAAAGUAUUUCUACAACAAUUAAAACCAAUACAAAUUCAAGCACAACAACAACACCAAGCAAUACAACAACUAAAAUGUUCACAACAACCCCAGUACCAACUUCUACCACAUCAAGCACUUACAGUAUCUCAACACCAACAACUUUAUUAACAGCAUUAACCACUGCUCUAUCAACACGUGCUCCAACGACAUCGACUCCAAAAAAUUCAACAUCGCCAGCAAUUCUCACAACAACUAAAAAUUAUGCUCCAAUAACAACAAAAACACCGAUAACAUCCACUGUUUUGACAACCACCGAUGUUGAGUUCGCUUCAUCAACGAGUGUUUCAAUAACAUCAACAAAUCUUCCGUUCACACUCAAAACAACAACUCCUGAGCCGGAAACAACACAAACUUUAUUCUCAAAGAUGCCAACAACAAAUUCUAUAAAUAACUCUACUCCAGUAUCAACAGCAUCGGUAUCUGAAACAUCAACAAUAACAAUGCCCUCCACAACAACAACAGAGACAUCAGUUGAAACGGUUUUACCAGACACAUCUACGUCGUCAACAAAAUCAACCGCAAUAGAGUUCAUUUCAACAACUGCAGUGACAACAAAGGAAACAGUUAAAGAGACAACAACAGAAACAACUAGAGAGACAACAAAGGAAAGAACAACAAAUGAAACAACUAAGGGGACAACACUGUCCCCGGUCAGUACGAGCGCUGGUUUUGAAGCACGGACCACACAACUGUCACUACUGUCGGGUGACACAGAACGCCCGUCUGUAACUCAAGAAUCAUGGUUUGCUUUAGUUAUGGCUGCCAUCGGCAUAGCAGUUGUUCUGCUGAUUUUAUUCAUAAUUUUGAAAGUAAGGCAUCAAAGGAAAGCUCUGUCUUACGAUUUAUAAAGCUGCCUCUUUAGGAAUACCAAGGAAACGGAGUAUGUCGAUUUAGAGAUAACAGUUGACACCAAAAUUAUAAUUAGCAUCCCCACCGGUAACGACCGGGUACCACCGUGGCUUACUCCGUACAAUCCCAACAUCGUACAUGUAUAAACGAUGGCCAACUUGUACGUGUGACAAUACUAGUCAACUAGCCACCACUCUCUCUUGGUUCCGUCUUCUUUGGUGGCGUUUCUUGUGGUCAACAAAGAGUUGUGCCUGUGAACCAAGACAGCUGGCUUCCAUAUCAACACUACAGCCUCCUCCCAUGGAAAUGUGUGGGAACUAUGGAACGCAAACUAACUACAAUGCUUCCGCUUAUUGGUACUGUAUCAUAAUUCUUGACAAGAGAAGCAGUAAAAAGAGUAACGGAUUAAUGCGCUAAAAAUUGACAGAUAACAUAAUUUUUACAGGAUUCCAGCAUAUCUUAAUGAAUUGGGGAAAAUUAUGAACUUUUGGAAAAUCAAGAUGGUCCAAAUUAGGUAUUUGGACUUUAAAAAAAUCCUAAAUACAUGUAAUUGAAUUUUGUCCAAGUCAGCAAAAAUGUUUGGAAAUUUUAAACUCAAGUAACACUUCUAAAAAAGCGCAUGCAAAGAAGCAAGAGCAAGCGUGAUGUCGAAAGAACCUGACUUCGUCUUGAACCAAAAUUUUCGGAUACAUUUUUUGCUCUGGUAAAUUCCUGACAGAAACUAUCAUUACAUCAACCAAUUUAUUAUAUCAAGGCCGUAUCUUUCUGAAUAUCAAUCGCAAUUACUUGAUACAAAUGUGUCCGACACAACCCAACUUGUUCUGAUGGAACAGUUUACGACCGGAAUCUGUGAAGUGAUGUCAAAUGUAUCAAAAUACCCAUAACCUUGAUAUUUUCCUUCUGUCUAACUGUUUUAUUGUCGACUCAUAUGUUUAAGUCACGAAAUGACAUGAACACUCAACUAUAAAUAAUUAUAAAUGUACAACUAAAGUCAGACAUUUUGUGAUGGACGAAUUGUUGCCGGAAAAUGGAAUUCUAAUUUAUUACAUAUCAAAUGUUUUUAUGUACUAUAUAGAAAAUAAAAUAAUAAUUUAUUUGAAUGUAGCACGUAAUUUAUUCCAUAAAGUAUAGAUAAUCACAUAUCCUCGGAUAACCAAAUCAAGUAUUCGUUUUGUUUGAAAAGUUUCUUUGAUUUCUAGGGUCAGUGAGUUAAUGUGUAAAAGAUACAUCUUGUUUUUGUCUCGGUAACCACAGUGAAGUGUUCAACGAACGAAACAGACAUAAAACGUUGCCUUAUGAAGCAGGAAGAUGCAGGUUUAUCCUUUACUUUUCUCCGUGUGUUUUAUUUACUGUACAAUCAUAAAUUGCUAUCAUACACAUGUCUUUUGGAAACGAACACGGCUCAAUUAAUUACAAUAUAUACAUGUACAUGUAAAGUGACGAUCAAAAAUGGAAGAACAUUAGAGUGCACCAUUCUCUGUAAAGUUUAUACAAAUCAAUAACAGUUAAACCAAAUACUCAGUUUUAAUUACAAGUCAAACAUCAUUGCAUUUGUUAAUAAACUUAAAGUAAAUUUCCUACAAAUCCUUUCCUUGUAAAUGUGCAUGUAAAUAAACAACCACUACGUUUUCUUUUGAUUUCGCCGCCCUGACAACUUUUUCAAAGAGAAAUGAUAAAAAAAACCUCACUGAUCCCGAUGUAUUUGGCACUGAGAACAUUAUGAAUAAAGUAUCAAAUGGAGUGAGGGAAAAAGAAC